AUGUUCGACGGCGUCGUCCCGCCGGCCGCAGCCUCUGCUGACGCCGGCGCGGGCUCUGCGGCGCCAGGCGAGCUGCCGGGGCGCCCCGCUGGCUCUCCGCCCGCCCUCGCGUCGGAGGGGGCGCUGGCUGGCAGGCCGUUGGAGCAGAAGGGCGGCGGCGGGCGCCCGCUCUACGAGUGCCUCGCGGAGUCGGAGGAGACCGACACGGACGGCGUCCUGCAGGGGCGGCCCGGGCAGCCCGGGGCCGCCUCGGGGCCGCCUCGGGCGGCGGAGGGGCUGCCCGGCCAGGCAUUCGGCGAGCGCGAGAGCGACACCCUGGCCGUCCCGCAGGAUGGGCAGUGCGGAUGCCGAGGCCCACCUCGCCGACCGCGCGGGCCCACCAAGCAGGCGUGCGUGCCUUCAUGGAGACCCUCGCCGUGGAAGAGGGCCCCGACCAGCGGACGUCCGCGCUGA